AGAUGACCCUUUAGAAAAACUAAAUCUGUAUUUUUGUCCACAAAUACCACAAUCACACUGACACUAAUUAACCCAGUUUAAAUAUGUAAAAUAAGUUGACAAAAUAUAAUGUGACACUAGCAGCGAAUGUAAUAGAAGUUGCUCCGUCGUCACUACAAAGUGAAAAUGUAAAGGCCUUUGGCCAAAUGAGAACACACUCCAGCAUGCAUGUCUGGCAUUAACAGUUGGUCUUUGACGCUUUGCAGCUCCUUUCACGGGGAAAAUCCACCUGGGAGGGAAGCACCUCACAACUCAGGCCAAAUAGGGCGGGGCUGUGGUUCAGGGUGGAAAAGUGAAUAAGCCGGCCAAUUCUGACACCUGAGGUGCCAAAUUCACAAGGGUGUGAUGUAAUCAUUCAAACCCCACACCGUGCCCCUAAAUAUGAAUUACAUCAAUAUAUUAUAUUGAUACACAAUGGCUUCAACGUGUUGUGUGCCUUGAACAAAUAAGGUUACGCACUGAAGCACAUGUGAAAGUGAUAUGCAAAAUAAACAAUACCAUAGUUUAGUAUAGUCACAAAUGUAAAAAAAAAAACUACAAUGUUGUAUCAAUACAAAGUUAUUGGUUUAUAACGACAUUUUGCACCAGUCAAGCAUUUUUUAGUCAGGCCCAAACUUAAAUGGCACCAAUUACAUCAACGUAUGAUAGUAAAAAUAUAUUACUUCUGAAAUGCAUUAAAGGAGCGGGGGGGAGUCAAAUACGAAAAGAAUCGACUAAAAUGUUACAGCCGACACCAGCCAGCGGCGACACCUGACACCUCAGGUGCUUCGCCUGUAGCUCCGCCCCUCCGGGCUGCCAGCAAAGGCAGAUCCACCCGCCUCACGCUCACAGGUACAACAAAGCAAAGCCGGUCACCGACCCAGAACCAGCACACCAACCCCCGAAGCGGCCCACCUGGACCCCCCUCCCCACCCCCUUGCUCCUCCUCGACGGACUAUUCCUCUUCUAUUUCGCGCGGUUCGUCCACAAAAAUGGAAGAGCAGUUCUUUAAAUCCGCGUUACCUGCGCAGGACUCGUCCGCGUUGGGCGACAGCAGCCUGGCUCUGCCGGCCGGGCCGAACCCGGCGCGGUCCCCCGCGGCGGAGAGCUCCGUGGACCGGACCCUGCGCGUCCACCGGCAGGUGCAGCUCACGCUGGCCCGGAGGGCGAGGAGGACCGAGUCGAGCGGUAGUCUCGGUUUACAGAAAAGCAUUGCAAAGAGCUUUGAUGCCUCCGAUGGACUUCUACCAAACACGAAGAUGAACGGAAUGGGCCUCACCAACCGCUCUCUCUCAAGCAACAACGUGCGGGGGCCGUCGAGGAGGGUGGAAGUGUCUCCCCCACCGAGCCCCGAGUUGCACCACACGCGCUUCAACCACAGCACCCCCCGCCACGGGACGUACACCCACCCAGGGCGCGCUCGAUCACACGGGCCCAGCGGCGCGCCGGACUACUCGCUCGGUUCCCAUUCAUUUCGCCGCUACGCCUUCUCGGAGGCCCCCUGUGGCACGCGGCGGCUGGCAUCCACAGCUGCCAACGGGACCCUCCACCGGAGGUUACUCAGACAGGCCGCAGCGCAGCAGUCGGUGACGGCGAACGCGGCGUUUCAGCAGAGCGUCGGUUGCGGCUCCCGCCGGAGUCCCGCUGGAGUCGUGACCGGAGCGAUCUCGCCCGAGGAGGCCUGGUUGGCUCGGGUCAGGAGGGAGGGGCUCCGCAGGAUGAACUCGUACCCGCCUUCGGCCACCAGCGUGGAGGUGGACGUGGGCAGGCAGAUGGAAGUGGAAGUCCCCAUUCAGCGGAUUCAUUGUCGGGAUGUCACGCCGCUGCAGUCAGAGAACAAGCCUGCGGAGAUGACGCUGGAGAGGGCCGUGAACCUGCUGACCCAGGAUGACGAGGACACGCUGAUCUCUGCAGCCAGCAACAUACAGAGUCACUGUCUCAAGAGUACUGAUGCCAAAAAGAUGGUGUACUACCUCCGUGGGAUUGGGAAGCUCCUGCAGCUGUUGGACAGCGACAAUGAGGUGGUGCAGUGUGCGGCCGCCGGGGCGCUACGCAAUGUUGUUUACCAGAGCAGCGAAAACAAGAUGGAAGUGAAGGAAAAUGAUGGCCUGGCCAAAAUUUUGCUUCCGCUCAAGAGCAGCCGUAAUUUGGAGACCAGACGAGAACUAACUGGUCUUUUGUGGAACCUCUCGUCUCAUGACCUUUUGAAGGAGUGUCUCUCCAGAGAAGCCUUAUUGGUUCUCACCCAGUCAGUUCUGGUACCCAGUUCGGGCAUUUCUGAGGGUGAAAACCCAAAAGACGAGCUCCUUGCCGAUGCUGAUGCUUUCCACAAUGCCACCGGCUGCCUGCGAAAUCUGAGCUCUGCUGGUCCAGACGGCAGGAAAGCAAUGAGGGAGUGUGAGAACCUAAUUGACUCCCUGGUCUACUACAUCCGCGGCGCCGUAGCUGACCACAAAAGCGAUGACAAGUCCACAGAGAACUGCGUCUGCAUCCUCCACAACCUGUCCUAUCAGAUUGAGGCCGAGCUUCCUGAGAGGUACACCUUACAUCUUCGAGAAUCUCCACAAAACUUGGCUCCCGAGCAGAAGGCCGUUGGCUGCUUUGCUUAUCGCAGUGCCAAGAUCACAGAGCAUUUCGAUCGAACGUGCCCCCUGCUGGAGGAGAAGGCCAACCCCCGAGGCAUCGAGUGGCUGUGGAGCGCCAUCGCUAUCCGCAUGUACUUGUCGCUGAUGGCCCGCAGCGUGCGUCACCACACCCAGGAGGCCGCCGUCGGGGCCCUGCAGAAUAUCACAGCAGGGAACGGAGCGGUGACUGAAGCCAUAGCAUUUACUAUUGUUCAACGGGAAAAUGGUCUUCAGCAUGUCAGGAAGGUGUUUGAGGAGGGAGAGAGUAAUGUGAAGAGGACCUGCAUCUCUCUAAUAAGAAACCUCUCGCGCUACCAGGAACUGCACCUGGACAUUGUGAAGCAGGUGUUGCCAGAGGUGGUCGGGAUGCUUCCCAACGACGACACCGGCACCGACCUGCCUACCGAGGUGACGACUUCUCUCUGUCAAAUCCUGAUCAACCUCAGUCAGGGUGACACGCAGAAAGUCAGGGCCAUCAUCAACCAGGGAGCCCUCCAAAAGAUCAUCAACAUCAGCAGCAAGGAUAAAGGCUAUGGACCAACCAGAGCGGGUCAGGCUGCAUGCAUCCUGCUGCACAUCAUGUGGAAACACAGUGAUCUCCGCGUCGCCUACAAGAAGGGAGGCUACAGGAAAGCGGAUUUCAUCAAUGCCAGGACAACAAAGGCUGUGAACUCCAGAUGAGGCUGAGCUGAAAAUCUAUAACUAACUCAAGCAGCACUUGUUUACGAUAAGAGGUCCCCUGACAUGGCUUUAAAGUUGUACAACAGCAAGAUGUUCAAGAAACGGAUGACCGAACAUACCUGCUUAAACAAUACAUUUAUUUUGUUUGGUUGGCACUCAGACACAGCACUUGACCACUGCCUUCAUGCCUCGUUAUUGGAAAAAUUGACAAAUGAAUGUAGAAACAUUUCCUGAAAAUGCAACGUUUGCUCUAAAUCUUCAUGAUUGUGUAGUUUGUUUACUGUAGCAGCUGAGAAUGCUAUUGUGUCCGUGUUUUUUAUUUUAUUUUAGCCUUUUAGUAAUUCAGUAACCAGAAUUUAAGAAUAUAAUCAAAUAUUCACAUUAAUCUGGAAAGAUGACAAUGAAAUUAACAUCCUAAUUUAUGUAAAAACCAAUUACAUGUGUAAGGAAUAAAUGUUCUUUUUUUAAUUGAAUAAUGUCCUACUGUAACACCAAUCAACAAGCUGACUUUUUGUCAGAUUUUGAUUCUUGAGAUGAAUAAAUUGCUCAGAAUGAAUCGUAUUAUUGACUAUCUUCUGGUGAACCUAAUUCAGUAGAAAAGCUCUGCCAAAAAGAAGUAGAAAAAUGCUUGAUUAUUAUUAAAAAUAUUAUCGUAAAUUUGUAUAAUAAAUCACUCUUAACUUUA